AUGGAAGCUGCCUUGUCGCUAGGUGUCACUCUCUGUGUCGCUGCCUCACCGCUCUCUGGCUCGACUCUCGCUUCCUCACAGCCGCCGCCCAUCGGCCGUCUCGAAGGUCUCACACUCUCGCUUCUCGUCGCCGCUCUCGCAGGUAUCGCUUCUCGCCUGCCACAGUGCCGUCGUGGUCACAUCAACCCGGCCGUGACGUUCGGGCUUUUCCUCGCCCGGAAGGUCUCCCUGAUACGGGCCGUUCUGUACAUGGUGGCGCAGUACCUUGGCGCGAUCUGCGGGGUCGGCCUGGUGAAGGCCUUCAUGAAGAGCUACUACAACAGCCUCGGCGGCGGGGCCAACUCGGUGGCCCACGGCUACAACAAGGGAACCGCGCUUGGUGCGGAGAUCAUCGGCACCUUUGUGCUCGUCUACACCGUUUUCUCCGCCACUGACCCCAAGAGAAGCGCGCGUGACUCUCACGUCCCGGUCUUGGCUCCACUGCCGAUUGGUUUUGCCGUGUUCAUGGUUCACUUGGCCACUAUCCCCAUCACCGGCACCGGCAUAAACCCGGCGAGGAGCUUUGGUGCGGCUGUGAUCUACAAUAACGACAAAGUUUGGGAUGACCAC